CCCCUCGCACAACGGCGCGCUUUGACGCGUCGCGCGCGAUGGGGGCGUACCUCAGCCAACCGGUCACGCGCAAGGACUCCACCGACGGCGCCGACGCGCGCUUCGCGUACGGCACGACCGCGAUGCAGGGGUGGCGAACGAACAUGGAGGACGCGCACGCGACGAUAUUGGAUUUGGACGCGGAUACGGCGUUUUUUGCGGUGUUCGAUGGACACGGGGGGAAGGAGGUGGCGAUGUACGCGGCGAAGCGCCUGCACGAGACGCUGAAGGAGACGGAGAGCUACGUCGCGGGGGACGUCGCGAGAGGAUUGGAGGAGAGUUUUCUCGCGCUCGACCGGAAAAUGCUGGCGAAGGAGGCGGCGGGAGAGUUGAAGGCGUUCAGGGCGGGCGGAGAAAAGGACGAUUCGAGCGGGUUCGGGGGAUUGCUGGGGGACGGCGCGAGCGCCGAGGAGCAAAAGAAUCGGCGAGCGGAGAUCAACGCCAAGCUUCGCGCGGCGUUGAUCGAACAGGUCAAGGAGUCCAACCCGGACAUCGAUGAAAAUGAUAUUAAAUUUGAUUUUGAAUUGGAGGAUGGAGAUUUUAACGAAAUUGCGAGCUCGAGCGGCGGCGACGGCGCCGACGACGCCUCGCACGAAAAUUGGACGGGCCCGCAAGCGGGCGCGACCUCGGUCGUGGUGUGCGUUCGCGGUGACAAGGUGUAUUGCGCCAACGCCGGGGACUCUCGAGCGGUAUUCUCGCGGAAAGGCGGCGAGGCUGUCGAGAUGAGUGAGGACCACAAACCGAUGAAUGACGGCGAGCGCAAGCGCAUCAUAAACGCGGGCGGUUUCGUCAGCGAAGGACGAGUCAACGGCUCGUUGGCACUGUCUCGCGCGUUGGGAGACUUUGAGUACAAGAUGAACAAAGAGCUCGACGAAAAGCAGCAAGCGGUGACGGCGUUUCCGGAGAUUAGAGAAUUCCAACUGCAAGAGGGCGAUGAGUUCAUGAUUCUCGCGUGCGACGGCAUUUGGGAUGUCAUGUCGUCGCAAGAGUGCGUGAAUUUCGUGAGAGAGCGACUCGUUGCGAAGCUCAAGUCGGGCGAGAGCGACUUGAAACUGAGUCAAAUAUGCGAGGAGCUUUGCGACAGGUGUCUGGCGCCCGACACCAGAGGCUCGGGCCUGGGAUGCGAUAACAUGAGCGUCGUCGUCGUCCUACUGAAGAAAUUUUGUUCGAUUGCGUGAGCGAGCAUCGAGCGGAAGGCGUAAUCACGCGUAGACUU